UCCAGGCCUGACUGCCUGCCUGCUCUUCUUGGCAGUCAAACAGCCAGGGGAGGAUCAGGACGACCAGGCGGCUGAGAUAAGGACCUCAUGAAGUUCCCCGCAUUACCUCACCCGAUAAGGAAACAAGCAGAGAGAGAGGCAGAGAGAGAGAGAGGGUCAGACUGGGAGGAAUCCUCUGGAUGGAUGGUGAUGCGCAGGGAAGUAGCUGGUGAUUGUGGGGUUUUCACCAAUUGUUAAGGGGUGUAAGUGGAACCGGGGUCCCACAAAGGCCUGGAGAACUCUGGAAAGGAUCUUGGAGAUGCUUGAAAGAAGUGGUCCUCUGUAGCUACAGAAACAGUUCACAGAUUUGAAUGUUUUUUCCUUUCUUGAGAUCAAAUGAGUGAUUUCAGCUGUUCUUGAGCCAGUACUUUUAUCUGCAUUAAACUUUUAAGAUGCUUUCAGAUUAGAUGGAAAGAUGACCUCAGAUUGUGAGUUCUGUAGUGUAUUUACCAAAGAACUUAGUGGAUGAUACUUUCACAAUCUCCAGCACGCGAAAGCAAACUUCCAUCCAGCCAAAGAAAGUAAACUGAACAAAAGUGAAUUAGGCUCUCAAGUCUUCAGGAGAGUGUUCCUCACCAAUCACACGGGAGCAUCGAUGGCGGUGAAUCCUCUGGAGGGUCUAAUGUCAGUCGCAGUGAAUCACCGACUGGUCUCCAGCUCCACCGCUGAGCCACAGAGGCAGCAGCUCAGUGCAGCCGGCAGCUCAGCAUCCCUGCACGGACACGGGCAGAGCAUACGCAGCAGCCGCGAGCCAGGGAAGUGGUCUGUGUGUGGGUCCAGGUCACGCUCUGGUUCUGGAUGUGGGUCUGCGGUCCAGUCCAGGACACUGAGGGGUCAGCACUCCCCAGAAAACGCAGCACGAGAGAGGAGCCGUGUACGCAACCUGCGACAGGCCUUCCACAGCCUGCAGGCUGCUCUGCCCUCAGUCCCGCCAGACACCAAACUGUCCAAGCUGGAUGUUCUGGUUCUGGCUACUAACUACAUAGCUUACCUAACGGAGACCCUGGACCAGGGAGGGACGCUGGCUGAACACACCCUGCCUUCCAAGCCGGGUGGAUACCUGCAUCCAGUUAAGAAGUGGCCCAUGCGUUCCCUGCUCUACUGUGGCAGCAUGGGAGAGCUGCUAUCAGGAAUCCCAGCCAAUCAGAUGCCUCCACCGGGACAGGACGGGACACACCCACUGACCCCCACCUUGGAAGGAGACAAAGAGUCAUAGUACAACAUGGGACAUAACUUUCACCCCAUUUCCUUUCAACAAUGUUAACCAGCCACGCAGCUACUAUCGACAGCGAAGGACACAUCAAAGCAAAGUGAAUGGGAUUUGUGUGGAGACAGUGAUCAGUCAUUAGCAAAUUAUUAGUUAGCAAAGUUUUACUUUAGCAAAGCAGAAGAAAAUCUUAACUUAAAGCCAUCCAAAAAUAAAAAACAAGGUUAGCAUUUUCUUACUUUGUAUGGAGAUAAAAAAAAAAAACUUUCUUCCAGUUCAUGGUUUAUCUAAUAAUGAAGGUCAGGGCUUAAAUUAACCUGCAACUACAAGUACAGUGGCCAUUUUUAGCUCUGGCUGCUGGGAAAGUCAAUAAAUGUUGAAUGCCGAGUUGCCUAGAGUUUAUUUCAUUUCGUUCUUUAAUUCAAAAUCUGGCUACAUGUCCUAAUUAAACAGAAAACAGCUUUUUUUCAUUUCCUGUUCUUAGUUUGUCCAUCUGCAAAAGCCUGUCAUCAGUGUCAAACUAAGACAAACAAACACCCACAGGUACAGAUACUCACUAAUGCACACAGCACAGAGAGGUUUAUAUUCACCCUUGUUGAAAAUGAUUGGAGCAUUAGACAGCAGGUCGUCAGGAACGGAUUUAAUACGAGGAAAUGAAAAAGCCUCUUCUCUUGACUAAAAACAUCCCCACAUGGAGGAACAGUGUGCAACAUAUUAUCUUGAUUUAAACGCUGUUUUAUUUUUAUUUUUUCAUCUGUUGCUUUCACUGUAUGGAAGAAAACCUUCUUUGUUAGGGUCUAAUCAUUUUUAUUUAGAUGUUUGUGGUAUUGCAUAAAGUCACAGUGUAUAUGUGUGUGUGUGUGUGUGUGUGCAUGCGUGUGCACGUGUGUGUGUGUGUGUGUGUGUGUGUGUGUGUGUGGGAGUGAAAGGACAGACAGACAUGUGAGCAGUGAGGGAGGAAUUGUUGUGGGAACACAGCUGCUGUCUGAUCACUUCAUAUCUCUGCAGUAAUGACCACUUAGUUCUCAUUACAACUCUGCCACAGAAUGUAACCCUUUACUCUGAGUAAAACAGCGUCUACAAUAA